GCGUGGUCUCAGCCCCAGUCUAUGCUCAACAACAGCAGCGUGAACAAAAACACAGCGACGACACCGCGGAUGGAAAACAAGUGAAUAUAAAAAGACACCAGACACAGCUGCAGCGAUGGGAAAGUCGCAGUCACACUUGGCCAAGCACAAAGACGAGAGUCGCGAGACGCUGACCUCUUCUGGCGAGUACAGAGACGGUCAGACGGACGAGGACGGCAAACACAGAGACGUGUCUCAGUUCCCCUACGUGGAGUUCACGGGGCGGGACAGCGUCACGUGUCCGACGUGUCAGGGAACCGGCAGAAUCCCACGAGGUCAAGAGAACCAGCUGGUGGCUCUGAUUCCGUACAGCGACCAGCGGCUGCGGCCGAGCAGGACAAAACUCUAUGUGACGAUCUCGGUGGCUCUGUGUCUGCUGCUGUCAGCUCUGGCCGUUUUCUUCCUCUUCCCUCGAUCCAUCGACGUCUCGUACGUAGGAGUGAAAUCUGCCUACGUCUCGUACGACCAGGACAAAAGAAUCGUCUAUCUCAACAUCACAAACACUCUGAACAUCACCAAUAACAACUACUACGCCAUUUCUGUGACCAACAUCACGGCACAGGUGCAGUUCUCCAAGACGGUGAUCGGGAAAACCAAGUACAACAACAGCACGCUGAUCGUUCCACUGGACAAGAAGCAGAUCGACUACACCGUCCCCACAACCAUCGCUGAUGAGAUGAGUUACAUGUUCGACUACUGCACUUUACCGACCAUCAAAGUUCACAACAUCGUGGUCAUGAUGCAGGUGACGGUGACGACGACGUACUUUGGACACGCGGAGCAGGUCUCCCAGGAGAUGUACCAGUACGUGGACUGUGGUGGAAACACCACGUCCUUACAUGGACACGUGCAGGUUUAUCAAUAAAUAAACA